AUGAAUUUUCAAAUUCUUCUCAUCCUUUCACUCGUUGGAUUCGGAGCAGCUGGCCUAAACAAUUCGCUCGACGGGCUUGACUCGGAAUUGAAGGCCGAACUUGAAGGAAAAUAUAAAAAACUUGGAGAAUGGGUGAAAGAGAAAAUCGAGCAAGGACUUGAACCUGGAAAAGACAAACUUUCGAAUGUCAAAGUGAUUGCUAGAGAAAUUGUUGAUCACGGUGUGGACGAAUCCAAAGAUGUAGCAACAGAAGCAUCCGACUUCCUUCGUCCAUACAAAGCGGAUUUGGGAGUUUUGUAUGGCGAAGUUAGGGCAACCCUUGAAGAAGUACUCAAAAUCAAUUAA